CCCGGCAGCUCGCAGGCGGGGGACGCCGCGCGCGCCGCCAUCGCCUUCAGCUUCUUCUCCGUUCUCAGCUGGGUGGCGCUCACGGUGAAGGCCCUGCAACGAUUCCGGCUGGGCACCGACAUGUCGCUCUUCGCCACCGACCAGCUGAGCACCGGGGCGGGCCAGACCUACCCAGGCUACCCGGUGGGCAGUGGCGUGGAAGGCACCGAGACCUACCAGAGCCCGCCCUUCACCGAGACCCUGGACACCAGCCCCAAAGGGUACCAGGUGCCUGCUUACUAGGGGCUGGCAGGCGCGGACCAGGGCUCGAAGGCCAUCCCACUGGCGCAGGCCCCAAGGCCCCCUGGGACCUCCCUCAGGUCCUUACAACCCAUUGCCAGGGGCAGCGUGGGUGGCCACUGGGGGCUGUCUGGGACCAAGAGGGGGUCUUCUCUCACGUGCCUGGGCUGUCCCCAACAAGUUCCCCCAGUCCCCUCAACACUGGGCCCCAGGCCUGAGGUCCUGAGAAGGGGACAGCACCACCCAGGACAUGUGUCCUCCAGCCUGGAAUGGGCUGGCCUGGGGGAGGCAUUCCCCUCGAGAGCCAUCCAACCUGGGGCUCACCUGUCCACUCUGGGCACAGGGUUCCAGCCGCCCUCUACGACCAGGUGCAGGGGCUGCCCAGGACAGGGAGACAGGGGAAGGACACCACCCCCAUUCUGAGGCUGGGGAGCCUGGCUACUGUUCCCCAUCCCAUGUCGCUGUGGGUAGUGGCUGUCCUUGCUUCUGUCAUGGUGGUUAUUCCCAGCCAGAGCCUCCCUUCACUUCCUCUCGCAGGCUCCAUAGAACAGCCUGGCCCUGUCGAUGUCGUGAUUGUGGUCAAGUUUUCAGGUUCCACCCCAUAGUGCUCCUCUGUCUGUGGCCCCCACUCCAGCCCCUACCUAUUUUCACCCAGGCCCCUGCCCAGGUGUGGGUGGCUCUGGCCAGGAAGGCACCAGCGCUGUCUCAGCCCUCUAGGAAGCCCUUGCCCAAGGGAGGAGCAGGACCCCUGUGUGCCAGGCAAGGAGAGAGGCCCAGAGGCUCCGUCUGCCCACCAUGCCCCUGGAGAUGGCCCAUGGGCUGUUCCGUUUGCCUUUGUUUCCCGGACCAGUCCCUCCUUCCCCACCCACUCCCCAUUUUAAAGCCCAGCCCCAGGUUGGGACCCCGCUGCAUAACUGACUACUGAUGCAUUGCUUGAAGCUGGCUUUUCACAUUAAGUCAACACCAAGUGUGGUGGCCAUAUUUCAUCUUACAGAAAGACACCUCCCUCUGGAGUUGCAGUUGAGUGACAACCCUGUACAUUGUAGCAUAGACCAAUUCUGUGUGGAUAUUUCAGUGAACAUGUUUACAAUUUUUGUAUAUAUCGAUCUCUCCCUCACUCUUCUGAAAGAACAAUCAGAGAUUGUGUAUUUUCAGUGUCCCAUGCCCCAACUGCAACUUCUUUACAAUAAAGACUAUAAAUGAGUUGACUGUGA